GGCGCAGGCCGGGCCAUGGGGCCGGGCCCGGGGCUGGCGGCCGCGCUGCUGGCGCUGCUGGUCCCGGUCCCGACCGCGGCGCGGGGCCCCGGCGCUGCUGCCUGCGAGGUGUCCCCGGGCGGCCGCUUCGACUGCGGCCCCGAGCGGCUCCUGUCGCGGGCGGGCUGCGAGGCGCGGGGCUGCUGCUACAGCCCCGGGCCCGGGCCCCGCUCCGGGCCCGGCCCGCCCUGGUGCUUCUUCCCCCGCGGCUACCGCAGCUACCGCGCCGAGAACCUGACGGCCACCGAGAGCGGCUUCUCCGCCCGCCUGCGCCGCGUGGCCGCCGCCUUCCUGCCGGGAGCGGUGGACGAGCUGCGGCUGGAGCUGGCGCUGGAGACCCCGGCCCGCCUGCGCUUCACGCUCCGGGACGCGGCCCGGCCGCGCUAUGAGGUGCCGCUGGCCACGCCGCGGGUGCGCGGCCGAGCCCCGGCCACGCUGUACGGGCUGCAGGUCAGCCAGGAGCCCUUCGGCCUCGUCGUGUGCCGGCAGCGCGGCGGGAGAGUCCUGCUGAACACCACGGUCGCACCCCUCUUCUUCACAGACCAGUUCCUGCAGAUCUCCACCUCCCUGCCCUCCCAUUUCAUUUCGGGACUGGGGGAGCACCUGACACCGCUGUUCCUUGACACAGCGUGGACCAGGGUCACCCUCUGGAAUCGGGACAUGGCACCUGCGCCCCACGUCAACCUCUAUGGCUCCCACCCCUUCUACCUGGUGAUGGAGGACGAUGGUUCAGCCCACGGUGUCUUUCUGCUGAACAGCAACGCCAUGGAUGUGCUCCUGCAGCCCAGCCCGGCCCUGACCUGGCGCACGACGGGGGGGAUCCUGGACUUCUACAUCUUCCUGGGCCCUGACCCCAAGAGUGUGGUGCGGCAGUACCUGGAUGUGGUUGGGUUCCCCUUCAUGCCCCCGUACUGGGGCCUGGGCUUCCACCUGUGCCGCUGGGGCUACUCCUCCACCGACAUCACCCGGCAGGUGGUGGCCAACAUGACAGCAGCCCGCUUCCCCCUGGAUGUGCAGUGGAACGACCUGGAUUACGCAGAUGCCAAGAGGGAUUUCACCUUCAACAAGAAAAGCUUCAAGGACUACCCGGAGAUGGUGCGGGACUUCCACAGCCGCGGGCUGAGGUACAUCAUGAUUGUGGAUGCAGGGAUCAGCAGCUCGGGGCCCCCUGGCACCUACAAGCCCUACGACGAGGGCCUGAAGCGAGGGGUGUUCAUCCGGAACGCCACGGGGCAGCCCCUGAUCGGGAAGGUCUGGCCAGGCCCCACGGCCUUCCCAGACUUCACCAACCCAGAGACUCACGAGUGGUGGCACGACAUGGUGAAGGACUUCCACGAACAAGUGCCCUUCGAUGGCAUGUGGCUUGACAUGAAUGAGCCGUCCAACUUCGUGGAGGGCUCCCAGGAUGGCUGCCCCAACAACAACCUGGAGCAUCCCCCCUACGUGCCAGGUGUGUUUGGGGGCCGCCUGCAGGCCGGGACCAUCUGUGCCUCCAGCCAGCAGUACCUGUCCUCUCACUACAACCUGCACAGCCUGUACGGGCUGACCGAGGCCAUCGCCUCCCACAAUGCUCUGCUGAGGGUCCGGGGCAAGCGUCCCUUCAUCAUCUCACGCUCCACCUUCGCUGGGCAUGGGCGCUACGCCGGGCACUGGACAGGGGAUGUUGGCAGCGACUGGCAGCAGCUCUACUACUCCAUCCCAGAGGUGCUGCUCUUCAACCUCUUUGGGGUGCCGCUGGUGGGUGCCGACAUCUGCGGCUUCCUGGGCGACACCGACGAGGAGCUGUGCGUGCGCUGGACCCAGCUGGGCGCCUUCUACCCCUUCAUGAGGAACCACAACGACCACGGCACCCGGCCGCAGGAGCCCUUUGCCUUCAGCCCGCCCGCCCAGGCUGCCAUGAGGAACGCCCUGCGCCUCCGCUACUCCCUGCUGCCCUUCCUCUACACGCUGUUCCACCGGGCCCACAGCGCCGGGCAGACCGUGGCACGGCCCCUGUUCCUCGAGUUCCCCACAGACCCCAACACCUGGGCCGUGGACCGCCAGCUCCUGUGGGGCGGGGGGCUGCUCGUCACCCCCGUGCUGGAGGCAGGACAGACCAAAGUCAGCGGCUACUUCCCAGCAGGGACGUGGUACAGCCUCACAGGGGACUCCACCAUCCACAGCAAAGGGCAGUGGAUCCUCCUGCCAGCACCCCUGGACACCAUCAACGUCCAUGUCCGUGCAGGGCACAUCCUGCCCCUGCAGGAACCUGCCUUCAGCACUGCCCAGUCCCGUGGGAAGGGCAUGGCCCUGGUGGUGGCACUGACCCUGGACGGCUUCGCCAGGGGAGAGCUGUUCUGGGACGAUGGGGAGAGCUGGGAGACCUUUGAGAGGGGCGACUACACCGAGCUCCUCUUCCUGGCCUCCAACGUGAGCACAGGGAGCUGCUGGCAGGGGCUGGGCAGGGCUCCUGGUGGCCCUGGCACACCUGUGUCAGCUCCGUGGCCAGCAGAGGGGCAGGAGGACGCCGUGCUCAGCCUGCUGCUGCGGGCCAGCGCCCACCUGGACGGGGUCCUGCUGGAGGCUGUCACUGUGCUGGGGGUCACCAGCCCUCCCCGGCGAAUCCUGGCCAACGGUGCCACCGUCAGUGACUUCUCCUACCGCAGCGACACUCAGGUGCUGAGAGUCCCUGUGUCGCUGCCCAUGUGGGAGCAGUUUGUGAUCUCCUGGUCCUGACCCAGUGUGGGUCACAGGUAGAGGCUGUGCUGCUCCCCUGGAAUCUGAGGCUAAACCUGUCCCAUCCCCUGUACCCCGAGCUGUCCUGCUCUUCCCACACUCCUGGGCCUUGUUCUCCCUCUGGCUCCUGGGUGUUGAUGGAGGGGUGUGCACUGGACUGGCAGAGGGAGGAGGGCCUUGCACAGCCCCCAGGGACAGGGAAAACCUCACCAUCAUCAAAUCAGGGGAAAAAAGACCCAAGUGCCUUGUGAGACAGCAAACCAGUUACUCUGGGACCUGGUAACUGGGGCACAGACUGCAGGGAGUUUCCUGGCUGUGGUUUUGGGGAGGGGAUGUGCAGGGGCUGAGGGAGCAGUACUGUGAAUAAAGCUGCUGUUUGCUGGGAGCA